AUGAUAUUCUUAUUCACUUUCCAAUUGGAAUUCAAUCUUCAUCAUUCAAAGCACAAAUGUGUGAUAUCAAGAAAAUGUUAUACAAAAUCUCACAAGAAAUCAGAAAAGUAUAAAGGUGAUGAUGGCGCUAAUGUGGCAGAGAAAACAAGUUUCGUGUUACACCACAAAAAUCUAAGUACUUCAGAUUUUAAUAGAUCACUUCAUAAUGAGUCUAGAACUAUUCCAGAUCGAAUUGAGCCCAGUGUUUCAAAUGAUACCGUUUCUAGUCUGCCAACUAGUACAACAUCUAUUUAUUCAUCAAUUUCAAAUUCAAUGGAUGAUUCCAAGACUACAUUAAGUUUGACGGUUGAUUCCGAUGAAAGUUCAGAUGAAAAUUUGACUACAAGUGAUUUGGCUAAUGAUGGAACUCAUUUUGUAGAAAACACUGAUACAAAUAAUAAUAUUAAUUAUACUUAUACCUCUCCUGCUAGUGACAACAUAGCAGAUGGAAAUAUAGGCCCUGCUUCACAUCAUAGUAAUGAUCUUAAUAAUGAAAUUUCUAAUGUUAAUGAUAAUAAUAAUAAUACUAACGAUAAUCACACCACUUCAACAGCAACAUAUAAUAGAAAUAGUAGUAGUCGUUUUAGUUUUAGACAAAAAGUUCGAAACAUCUUUGAAGUGAAAAAUGAUGAAACAGAUGGUGAAGGCACAGGAUAUGAAACUCAAAGAAAUUCACAAUCUCGUAAAAAUAUAUUUAGAGAUCCUUCCAAUUCAAAUAGGGAUAGUUUGAAUAGGGAAAAUGAUAGGGAUUCUAUACAAGCUCCAUAUGAAAGUGCAAACACCAAUGAUCUCAGUUCUUCUAGUUAUGAUUCUUCUCAUUACAAUACUUUAAUGGAUGCACCUAUUACUGACUCACCUUUCGAUAAUUCUGCCACUAUUAAUAAAUCAAAUUAUUCCAAAGAAAAUUCAAAAGAACGUAAAUCUUUAAGAUUUAAAUUUUUAAGCAAGUUACACUUGUAA